AUGCUGAUUGAAUUGCUUGCUGUAGCAGGCUCAAUUGUGGGCUUUGUGGCGGUUACACUCUCCAUUGCAUCCGGUCUUUACUAUUUGUCUGAGUUGGUAGAAGAAAAUACCGAAUUGACCAAAAGACUUUUAAGCAGGCUCAUCAAGAGCACUGCAGCAUAUUUGGCUCUCCUUUGGCUUUUUGAUGGCUUUCCGUUCAAACUCACUUUAUUCUCACUCUUUUCAUAUUUGAUAUAUUAUCAGAACUUAAAGAGAUUUCCAAACAUCGACCUAACAGGGUCAGUGUUCAUCGCCACAUGUAUACUGGCGCUUUUGAAUCAUUACUUAUGGUUCAAACAUUUCAAUAAUCCUUAUGUCCCCACAAUUGAUGAAAGGCUCAAUCCCGACUUCAAGUUGCCACACUAUCCAUCAUUCACAGAAAUUGCAUCGUUUUUUGGUUUAUGCAUAUGGUUGAUACCCUUUGGAUUUUUUAUCUCAUUGAGCGCAAAUGAAAACACUUUACCUAUGAGCCUUUCUGAGAUAGGGCCGUCGAAACCACCAAGCAGUGAAGAAAAUGUCAAAAGAUCAGUUACUUUAAUAAGGUUUUUGCUCCAAAUAUUUACAGGUAAAGCAAAACAGCUUCUGCACACAUUAAACUUGAGAACAUCUGGAGAUAUAAGCUCUUCCCGAAAUCCAAACGAGCUCUACAUAUGA